AUGGAGUCCCCAUCAGAGACCAGAGGGCGAGGUCUCUCGUCGAAGGCAUCGGCGACACGGAGCAAGUACGCCUGGCGUGCGUGCCAGGAAUGCCGUCGACGGCGGGCAAAGUGUGAUGGAGCCCGGCCGGCAUGUUCGCGAUGUCUGGGUCGUGAUAUCAACUGCGUGUACGCCACUGAGGGCGAUAAUCGAGGAACCGCCCCCAAGUCAUACGUUCACCUCCUCCAGGCUCGGAUCAAUGUCCUAGAACAGGUUCUACGGCUGCACUCGAUUGAUGCCGAUGAGUCGAUUGCUCAGUUAAUGGCCAUGAAUGCCUUGCCGGUCACUGACGCAUCCGCUGCCGCUGGGGCAUCAUCAUCCACAUUUGAUCAACUAUGCACCGAUUUUGAAGGCGCUCUGUGCUUUGACGAGUCAUCCAACUUCGACCGCGAUGGUGAGGCACGGUACUUUGGCACGACCAGUGGACGUCUUGAAUUUCAGUCUCCACAAAGUAACGAGGAUUACUCGUCGCUGGCUGAAAACUCCCAACGCUUGAACUUGUACUCACAAGCGCUCGACGCAGAGAGUGAUAUUUCAGAAGAGCUCAUGACUCAUCUUAUUGAUCUUUACUUCAAGUGGGAGCAGCCUUGGUGUCAAGUAGUCGACGAGAGUCUCUUCCGGCAGAGCAAGCAAACGAAUGGACGGUACUUUAGCCCACUGCUCUUGAAUUGCAUCCUUGCUAUCGCAUCCCGUUAUUGCGACAGGCUUGAAGUGCGGUCUGAUCCAGAUGAUCCAAACACGGCCGGUCGCAUCUUUCUUGAUACAGCCGAGGUGCUACUUCAUUUCGACCUCAAGUGGCCUAGUAUUACGACUAUCCAGUCCCUGGAAAUCAUGGCUAUCCAUUAUGUGGCUAUUGGGUCAGAUGCCGCCGGUUGGCUGCAUCACGGAAUGGCUACUCGGCUGGCCUUGGACAUGGGACUGAACCUGGACUCUUCAGUUUUGGCUGGGUCAAGCCGCAUACAUCCUCAGGAUGUAAACCUCCGACGACAAAUCUAUUGGACUCUCUACUGUACUGAUAAGCUUUGGGCUAGCUAUACAGGCCGAGUGUGCACCAUGUUGGAUUCCCAAGGAAUGGUGAGCCUACCAUCUGUACCCGACCCAGUCAUAGAUCUCGAUCCCCAGCUCAGCACAACCUCCUUCGACAGCGGAAGCAUUAUGCAUCUGCACCGGGCCCUCACCACCCACUGCCAAAUCUUGGAGAAGAUUCUCAGAAACCUAUACCCCCUCAAACGUUUGCCUCAGAGAGUCCAAUUGCAGAGCCUUUUCGACUCGUACUUGCUCAGCCUAAAAAGCUGGUUCUAUGAACUACCCACGGAAUUGAAAGUCAAGCGGAGUGGUGAAUUAAACACAUUCCCACACGCAUAUGUUCUGAACAUGGUCUAUCACACAUCCGUCAUUCUCCUUGCAAAGCCAUUUCUUGCCGGACGCCACAAAGCUGGUGCCGAGGUCGCGCAACAGCAGGAUGAUUUUACAUGCGAGGGAUUAUCACAAAAGGCGGCAAUUCUGUGCACUGAAGCGGCAAAAGAGAUUUGCGUCAUUGGCGACAUGUAUCGUGAGAACUUUGGCAGUUUCCGGAAAAGUCCACUCACGGCCACUCACUGCACUCUCUCUGCCGCACUUGUUAUGCUGCAUGGAUACAAUCGAGAGGACGGAAAAACCACAGGACCAGAAAUGGACUGUGUCGACUCCUGCAUCAAGACUCUACAGGAGCUAUCCGACUCGUGGACGCCCCCGCGACGAUAUUGGCGCAACCUCGUACGGAUGAUUGGGAAUCGACAGAGUUCAGCGUCUGACUCGGUGAUUGCCACGCAACAGGCUCAGACCGAUGGACACCAAGACGAAGCACGAUUAACCUCUGCGACAAACAUACUGUACAACCCCGAAGACACGAGUCAGCAUCUUCAACAGGACGCCGGUCUGUUCACCCUCGGUACGGAGCUGCAGCAGGACGAGCUAAUGCUCGACUUCGACAUGCCUUUCUGGUCAGGUCUUGCCCCCAAUCUUGAGUCGUUGCCGGAGGACUAUAUGAACUUCGACACGCAGGAUUUCUGGAACUGA